AUUGUGCCACUGCACUCCAGCCUAGGAGACAGAGCAAGACUCUGCCUCUAAAAAUACAAAUCAAUAAAUCAAACUCUGAAUAGGCUAAUUAUAAGGCAUACAUUAGAACCACAGACCUCUAAACGCUUACCACAAAUGCAAGCCUUGUCCUAGCACUAAAUUUGGCUUCAAAAGAUUUGCAGAUAGUUUAAAAAUAAGCUUCCAAAUGACUUCCAAUUAUUUACACAGAAGAACACUUACAUAUUUAAACAUACCCCUUUUAAUUAUGAAUAAUGCAUAACUAUAAAUUAACUAUGAAAUGCCAGUCUUUACACAUAAUAUUUGGUCAAAUCAAUAAAUGCCUGACACCUGGACUUGUGCAAGGAGGACACAGGGGUAUAUAAUCUCUACCUACAGGAAUUUUAAAAUAUACUUAGAAAAUGUUUAAAUGUUAAACAAUGUCUUAACAGUCAUUCAAAGAAACAAUGGAAGAGAUAUUUUAAGGUAACACACAAUUCGCUCCCAAAUGAAUGACUUAGUAAAUGCCCCCUUACAUAAAGAGAAAAGCGAGAGAGUUGGCAAAGUUGUGGUUAGAGAAGCACUCCCAAGAAAGCAGAAAGUGCAUGAGGUCUCCAAAUUCACAAACAUUAACUGUAAAACAGUUAAGAGCUUACUAAUUUACUCUUGAUUUCAGAGAAAUACAGCCUGAAAUGGACAGCAGUAAUUGCAAAGUUAUUGCUCCCCUCCUAAGUCAAAGAUACCAGAGGAUGGUCACCAAGGAUGGCCACAGCACACUUCAAAUGGACGGCGCUCAAAGAGGUCUUGCAUAUCUUCGAGAUGCUUGGGGAAUCCUAAUGGACAUGCGCUGGCGUUGGAUGAUGUUGGUCUUUUCUGCUUCUUUUGUUGUCCACUGGCUUGUCUUUGCAGUGCUCUGGUAUGUUCUAGCUGAGAUGAAUGGUGAUCUGGAACUAGAUCAUGAUGCCCCACCUGAAAACCACACUAUCUGUGUCAAGUAUAUCACCAGUUUCACAGCUGCAUUCUCCUUCUCCCUGGAGACACAACUCACAAUUGGUUAUGGUACCAUGUUCCCCAGUGGUGACUGUCCAAGUGCAAUCGCCUUACUUGCCAUACAAAUGCUCCUAGGCCUCAUGCUAGAGGCUUUUAUCACAGGUGCCUUUGUGGCGAAGAUUGCCCGGCCAAAAAAUCGAGCUUUCUCAAUUCGCUUUACUGACACGGCAGUAGUAGCUCACACAGAUGGCAAACCUAAUCUUAUCUUCCAAGUGGCCAACACCCGACCUAGCCCUCUAACCAGUGUCCGGGUCUCAGCUGUACUCUAUCAGGAAAGAGAAAAUGGCAAACUCUACCAGACCAGUGUAGAUUUCCACCUUGAUGGCAUCAGUUCAGAGGAAUGUCCAUUCUUUAUCUUUCCACUAACCUACUAUCACUCCAUUACACCAUCAAGUCCUCUGGCUACUCUGCUCCAGCAUGAAAAUCCUUCCCACUUUGAAUUAGUUGUAUUCCUUUCAGCAAUGCAGGAGGGUACUGGAGAAAUAUGCCAAAGGAGGACAUCCUACCUACCCUCUGAGAUCAUGUUACAUCACUGUUUUGCAUCUCUGUUGACCCGAGGUUCCAAAGGUGAAUAUCAAAUCAAGAUGGAGAAUUUUGACAAGACUGUCCCUGAAUUUCCAACUCCUCUGGUUUCUAAAAGCCCAAACAGGACUGACCUGGAUAUCCGCAUCAAUGGACAAAGCAUUGACAAUUUUCAGAUCUCUGAGACAGGACUGACAGAAUAAGACUUAUCCAUUUUUUAAUGUAUUAAAUACACCCAGCCAGUUAUGCAGCUACUUUUUCUUCACUGUAUCUUAUGUUUUCUUUUUUCAAUGCUAAUUACAGCUCUCUGAUUACAUCAUGGUAAUCAUGCCUAUGCCCACAUAAAAAUGGCUGAGCUAACAAUACACAUUCUGGAAAUAUAACACUGUAUUACAAAGUUUGUUACCUGCUGAAAUCAAUGUAACUCGACAGACACUUAUACAGAAAUGUUGCUGGUGAAUUUAUAAGAAUGUGGUAUGAUACUAGUAAUGAAGGUAAAAUGGACAGUGAAGUUUAACACAACUGAACUCCAAGAAAAUCAACCAUUAAUCUCUCAUUUUCAUCUGCAAAUUGAAGCAACAGUUUAGUUUCAAACCUAGCUCCCUGGGUGGAAUGAUGACUUCACUAUACUUAGUGAAUAUCCUUUAAAAGCUGGGAUUUUUUCAAGACAACAAAGAUCAUUCAUUUGGUUCUUUAUACUAUGAAACUUGAGUAAGUAUUACCUCCUUAAUUUUUAACAACUAAGAACAAAAAUUAACGAGAAAAGCAACAAAGUAAAGAUUUAUAUAUAAACCUAAAAGCAUUUCAACAUGACACCCAAACACAUACAUAUGUUCAUAUAUUUGUGGCAAAAGGUGAUCAGAUUAGCUCCAGCCCAAAUGGAAUCUGCAGGGUGGUAUUUUGCAUUGCAAGGAGAUGCAAAAUUUUAUUUACUUUAAAAUUGUCCUCAUAAUAAUCAAACAGUGAUUCAUCUAAAUGACUUCUAGCAACCUAAGUAAAAACAUUCCCCUCCUAUGUAUGAUUGAUUUGAUCAUAUAAAACACCAUGAAGGCUCUAAUUCAUAAAUACAAAAAUAUAUUUAAGUCUUUAUAGAUAUAAAGCUUUACUUAGAUAUAACUUUAGUGAGUAGGGAAAAAAAAUCUACAGUAGAUAAAGCAAAAGAUAAUUACGCAACAAAGCAUUUUCAAACCCAAAUUCCUGUUUCCAACUUCAAAUAGUUUUUUCUAUAAACACAAAAUGAGUGUUUACUCACCAGUAGGAGGUUGGACUAGAUGAACUCUAUUAUUUCUUUCUAAAUCUAAUAAUCCAUAAAAAUUAUGAUUCCUGUUUCAUUUUUUAUUUUAUCUAUGCUAAAACGAGCCCUUUCCCUUAUGUCCAGUUUAAAAUGAUCAUUUGCAUGAUUUUCAUUUCAAUAAAAAAAACAGAAACUGUCCUUAAACAAAACAAAAACCAAAAGUCACCCUAUCAGGUUUCAAACAGAUUUGUGGCUGUUCUUUUCUGAAAUUUCCCUUAUUCAGGUUUCUGUGGGAAAAAUGAAAGAUUAACCUUCCCCACUGGUGAUGACCUAGGCAGGAAUCAUCUCUUGAAAUAAAUACUAGCUGAGUAAAGGCAAGCAGGUGUGAAGAGCAGGGCUCAGCAGCAAGUCACAUUUUUCUACUAUUUGACCGAAAGGAAAAGAAAAUAAAGAAGAACUCUGGAGUGGUCUAAGACUGAUAAUAGCAGAAGAAUAUCAAGAACACAGAAAAUUACUGUGAGUUUUUGCUGUUUGAAAAUCUUAGACAUUCAUUCUUAAGUAGAAAUCAGACCAACAGAUUUUCCCAACCCAAGACUACUGUAACACAUAAAGACAGCAAGAAUUCUUAUUUCUAUAAUAAAUUAACAAGAUUCACCUAAUCUGUAAAAAUAAAGUAGUAUUGAAGACUUA